UGACCGCUAUCCGCAGAAAGAAAUAAACCAGGCUAGGCUAGAGAGGCAGAGUUUGGAUCUAGUGGAGCAGGAACACAGGUCGUGUGGAUUCUGAGGGACGGACGGAGGGUUCGGACUGGGGCGACCCCCCCCUCCUCCUCCACGGCGAUGCUGAGGGCCGCCAGCAGCUAACAGCGACACGACAGAAGGAGACCGAAGUGGAUGGAAACCCGACAAAAGGCGACGUCGUCCGAGGAAGGGUUAGCUUAGUUUAGAUGUUAUUGUCAGCUAAAAACAAACCCACUUGGUCGCAAUGUCCUGUACUGGGAACCUGGUUUGGGAUGUUAAUAGACGUCUAAUUGGAAUCGGCGAGCCUAACUCCAUCAGAACCAACUAUUUAGGUAGAAGAGAAUUUGUCCAGAGGCUCAAACUAGAAGCGACACUCAACGUCCACGAUGGUUGUGUCAACACGAUAUCCUGGAACGACACGGGUGAAUAUAUCCUAUCGGGGUCAGACGAUACCUUUCUGUUCAUCACAAACCCCUACAACAAGAAGAUUAAGAAAUCCAUCCGAUCAGGUCAUAGAGCGAACAUCUUCAGUGCAAAGUUCAUGCCUCACACCAACAAUCAGGAAAUCAUCUCCUGCUCUGGAGACGGCAUCAUCUUCUACACCCACACCGAAAAGAGUGCAGAGUACAACCGACAGUGUCAGUUCACCUGCCAUUAUGGAACGGCGUACGAGAUUAUGACUGUACCAAACGAUCCCUACACAUUCCUGUCGUGUGGGGAAGAUGGCACAGUGAGGUGGUUUGAUCUGCGCACAAAAACCAGCUGCACUAAGGAAGACUGCAAAGAUGACAUUCUGAUUAACUGCCGGAGAGCGGCCACCUCCAUAUCCAUCUCCCCUCUGGUGCCGUACUAUCUGGCGGUGGGAUGCUCGGACAGCUCUGUGCGGAUCUAUGACAGGCGCAUGCUGGGAACCAGAGCCACGGGUAACUAUAUGGGCCGGGGAACGACAGGCAUGUGUGUGCGGUUCGUACCUUCCCACCUGUCCAACAAGUCGUGCAGGGUGACGUCUCUCUGCUACAGCGAGGACGGUCAGGAGGUGCUGGUCAGCUACUCCUCCGAUUAUAUUUACCUUUUCAAUCCCAAAGAUGACCAGGCCAGAGAGCUUAAGGGCCCAUCAGAGGAAAGGAGGGAGGAGCUAAGGCAGCCUCCGGUGAAGCGCCUGCGUCUUCGAGGGGACUGGUCCGACACCGGACCCCGAGCUCGUCCUGAGAGCGAAAGAGAAAGAGAUGGGGAACAGAGUCCGAACGUGUCUCUGAUGCAGAGAAUGUCAGACAUGUUGUCCCGGUGGUUUGAAGAAGCCACUGAAGCUCAGAGCAGCAGAGGAAGCCGACCUCAGACCCGGUCCAGAGGAACGGCGGUCCGACCUGAGGGCUCCUUAAACACCCCUGCUGCUCCGGCUACAGACUCCAACCAGGAGUCCAGCGCCCCUGAGAGGCCUGUGGCGACUGAUUCCCCAGAGGUCCCAGCCAGUCCUGCUGCCGCUGCCAAAGCCCCCGUGUCCAAAUCCACUUCCUCCUCCUCUUCCUCAGGGUCUUCAUCAGCAGUCACUGCACCUCCUACUUCCGGCUCUACUUCAGUAGAGAGCUCCGCCCCUUCCUCCUCUCCCCUCACCUCCUCCCCUGACUCAGAGCAAAGAAGUCAGGGAGAGACGACCGGGACGCCCACACCCACGGCCACCCCCACCUCUGAACCUGCGCUCUCAGAGUACGGUCCUCAUCGCCUGCCCAUAAGUUUAGUGUGUAGGCGUUUGCAGAGGUUGCUUCGGCUGGCCGACCCACCGGGACAGGGUCAGCGGGCGGCGGCCCCCUCCACCUCUGAGAGGCAGUCACAAAGAGGGGCUACUCCAGCUGCUGCUGCUGCUACCGCUGCUCCGAACCAACCCUUCACAGAUUCCCCUUCGUCUGUGGUAAACAAACAGCUGGGAUCCAUGACUCUGGAUGAACAGCAGGGGGCAGCAGAGGCUGCGGCUUCAACUCCUGAGGAGUCUGUUACCACGACAGCCAGCAGCGCCCCGACCACCUCCACUUCCACCACCCGACCCAGCGCAGCGCAGCCAGUCCUUAGCCUGCACUACAGCUCAGAGGGAACCACCACCAGCACCAUCAAGCUGGACUUCACCGAUGAGUGGAGCAGCAGCGCAUCCAGCUCGAUGGGCGGUGGAACGUCUAAAUCGUCAGACGCUGCGACGGCAAACAGCAGAGAGACUCUGUCUGCAGAGAGCUCAACAUCAGAACCGGCUCCCUGUGAGUGCUGCGGGCAGCAGAGUUUGCCAGCUGCCUCCUCAGAGUCUCAGCGAGACGUCUCAGGCUCCAGCGCUCUUGGUGGCUCCACGACAUGGGGUCCCUCUGAGUGGCAUUACAUGGGGUCUCCGCUGCAGGAGAGGAGCCAGCCAGAGGGUUCAGAGGACACGUCAGGAGGCUGCAGAAGAGCAGAACCUGCCGGCGAGGAGGGGGUGGAGCCUCAGAGUCAGCCAGCACCAAGCAACCAGGACUCUGACGACAGCGACGACGAUCCCAUUCUCAUCCCACCGGCGAGAUUCAGAGGACAGGGACAGAGGCGCUCCGCAGCAGCUCGUAUCCAGGAGCUGUUCCGCAGGAGGAAAGAGAGAAGAGAAAUGGAAGAAAGUGAGACUCAGAAUAUCAGGAGACCUUCAGUCAAAAUGGUUUACAAGGGCCAUCGCAACUCCAGAACCAUGAUAAAGGAGUCGUGCUUCUGGGGCAACAACUUUGUGAUGAGCGGCUCAGACUGUGGACACAUUUUCAUCUGGGACCGACACACAGCGGAACACGUCAUGCUGCUCGAGGCCGACAACCAUGUGGUCAACUGCCUGCAGCCGCACCCCUAUGACCCCAUUUUGGCUUCUUCAGGGAUAGACUACGAUAUCAAGAUUUGGUCGCCACUGGAACAGACGCCAUCUUUCAACAGAGUUCUUGCUGAAGAGGUCAUAACCCGCAAUGAGCUGAUGCUGGAAGAGACCAGAAAUACAAUCACUGUCCCGGCCUCAUUCAUGCUCCGAAUGUUGGCGUCCCUCAAUCACAUCAGAUCAGAUCGGUUGGAAGGUGAUCGAUCUGAAGGAUCCGGUCAGGAAAACGAAGAGGAGCAGUAGCCAAGUUGGCGUUUUAUUUUCAUGGAAAAAAA